AUCUUGAUUCUAGAACUCCUUUCAUCCAUUUGUACAUAAGUCUCCCUUCCUCAGACUCAAUGUUCUCCGGGAGGUAAUUUUAAUGAAUCAUCAUAUGCCUGUGAGGCAGCUUUAAGACCUAUUACUUGAGGAGAUACCCUUUUUCGUAGAGCGGAGGCAUUAGUCAAAUUUUCGGGAUACGCGGACGCUUUCUAGUAUCUCAAAAUCUUUUUUUCAUAUCUGCGCCCCUACAACACUCCUCAAUUCCACUUUCUAGUCUAGAAAAGUCUACAUUCUAUCCGAAGUCAGAUAUAAAAUGGCCCUUUCCAAUACUUUCCAAGCUUUUAUCAUAACGGCCAUUUUCAUCCUCCCACUUUCCCUCUAUCUAGUCAUAAAUCAAUGGAGCAAGCGCCCCAAAAUCCCCCUCCCACCACCAACAACCAUCACAAACCUCUUCCUCCACCCGAUCAAAUCCUGCCACGGCAUCGCCGUAACCUCAGCACGCCUCCUACCCACAGGCUUAGACCUCGACCGCCAAUGGAUGUGGGUAUCCUACCCUGACCGCAAAUUCCUCACCAUCCGUCAAAACGCACGCAUGACCCUGAUCCGGCCCUCCUACGACCCCUCUAGCAACACCCUCACCAUUACCGCGCCCGCCCCGGACUCCAUGGACGAGAAGCUGUCUUUCUCCAUCCCCGCGCACCCCUCCGCCGCCUGGCUCGCCGAGCACACAACCAUCCAAGACGCCACCGUCUGGAGCACCACCAUGCCGACCCACGAAUACGACCCCGCCAUCACGCACUCCUUCAACGCCUUCUUCGCGCAAGAAGUCCGCCUCGUCUACAAACCCCCCGUCUCAUCGACACCGCGCGCGCUCGUCGGCAACGGCAGCCCCGCGCACCUCGGCCGCGCCGCAUCCACCUGCUUCGCGGACCUGAUGCCCAUCCUCGUCGGCAGCGAAGCCAGCAUCGCGGAGCUCAACGCGCGCCUCGCCGCGCAGGACGAGGCCACGAUCGGCGUGACGCGCUUCCGGCCCAACAUCCUCGUCGCCGGCACCGCGCCGUGGGCCGAGGACCGUUGGAAGACGCUGCGCAUCGUGCCAGAGGCCGACGCGGCGGCGACGUUCUACGCGAACGUGCUGCACGAGCUGGGCUUGGAGGGCGUGGUGCUGGAUGUGGUCGCGCGCUGUGCAAGAUGUCAUGUGCCGAAUGUGGACCCGGAGACGGCGGAGGAGCAUAAGCGGCAGCCGUGGAAUACGCUGAUGAAGUAUCGGAGGGUGGAUCCGGGGAUUACGUUUAAGCCGUGUUUUGGGAUGCUGUGUGUGCCGCGGAAGGGGGCGGCGGAGGUGAGGGUGGGGAUGAGGGUGCAGGUGACGGAGAUGACGGAUCAGCAUCGGUAUGUUACGGGGAUGUGAGGGGGGUGGUGGUUUUGGGGAUCGAUUCUCAGGAAGUGAUGAGAUUGGAGGUGUAGGGCAUACGUAUUAGGUGUGAUCCCGAGGAGUCUUGUAUGUUAUCUUGUUGUUCUUGCAGAUGAAUUGCGAGACUCCCAUCGCUCGUCCAUAGCUCCUUCAGAUAUAUAGCUUCAAGCUCUCGAUCC